UUGCAGACCGAGCCAUCGAGAUGAUAAGGUGGGGGGACGUGUACAAGGUGGUGGCCGCCAUGGCGCCAAUCUACUUCGCCCUGGGACUCGGGUACGGCUCCGUGCGGUGGUGGAAGCUCUUCACGCCGGACCAGUGUGACGCUGUGAACCGCCUCGUGGCCUACUUCGCGGUUCCUUUCUUCGCGCUCGACUUCGCCGCGCGCAUGGACCCAUACGCGCUCAACUACCGCGUCCUCGCCGCCGACGCGCUCUCCAAGCUCGCCGUCGCGCUGGCUCUCGCAGCCUGGGCCGCCGCGUCCACUCACUGCUGCCGCGGUGGCGGCAAGCGCGGCGGGGAACUGGCCUCAUCGUGGUGCAUCACCGGCUUCUCGCUGGCGACGCUGACCAACACGCUCGUCGUGGGCGUGCCGCUGCUGGACGCCAUGUACGGCGGGUGGGCGCGCGACCUCGUCGUGCAAAUAUCGGUGGUGCAGAUCAUCGUCUACUUCCCGCUCCUCCUGUUGGCAUUCGAGGCGAGGCGUGCCUGGGGUGGUGGCCCCGGGAAGCCGGGCGCCGAAGCGGCUUUAGUGAGCGACGGCGACGUAGAGGACGGCGGCGCGGAGGAUUCGAGGCAGCGCCAGCCGGUGUGGCCGUUGGUGAGAGCGGUGUGGCUCAAGGUGGCGCGGAAUCCCAACGUGUACGCGGGCAUGCUUGGCGUCGCGUGGUCGUGUAUCACAAACAGGUGGCACAUCGAGACGCCAAGCAUCAUCGAGGGCUCCGUGCUGAUCAUGUCCAGGACCGGGCUUGGACUCUGCAUGUUUAGCAUGGGCCAGUUCAUGGCGCUUCAGGAGAGGGUCGUCGCAUGCGGGGCCCAACUGACCGCGGUGGGCAUGGCGCUGCGGUUCCUUGUCGGCCCGGCCGCCACGGCUGCCGGAGCCGUCGCUCUGGGGCUCCAUGGAGACGUCCUGCGUGUUACCAUCAUUCAGGCUGCACUUCCUCAAGCCAUUACCACGUUCGUGUUCGCGAGGGAGUAUGGCCUACACGCUGAUGUACUCAGCACCGCGGUUAUAUUCGGGACGUUGAUGUCGCUGCCCGUGUUAAUCGUAUACUACAUCGCUCUGCCCUUCAUAGAAUAACUAAACAUUUCAAAAACACUGUAUGUUAAUAUUACAACAUUUCCAAAACACCCUUGUGGAAAGUAAAAAUUUGUCGACAGCACCUGGGGAUUGCGUCGUCUUCAACCUCCGGAACGGGUGGAUGGCUCCAUUGCAUAAUUAGUCACAGGAUCUAUCUUGUCUAAUCUUCAUAGAGGUCAAUGGGUAAAAUAGGGCUACCCCUUCUAUAUUAUCAGUUUAAG